UUUAAAAAAAGAGGGGCAAUUUUCCAGAACUUAGAAACUACUGUCGACAACCAAAAUUGUGAAUAUUUCGUAACACCCACAGACACACGUACAAAUUAUUUGCGCACAGCCAACGAAAUUUGUUCGAUUCGAUUGUGCAUAUUUUUAUGUGAACAAUAAGAACCCAUUGCAGGAUGGACACGCUGCCGGAUGAGUUUUUGGCCAUUCCGGAUGACGAGCGGCUGGGCUGCAAGAUGGAUCGUUCCGCACGCCGCCGGCAUGACCACGAAGCCAUGGCCGCCGCCCAUGUGGUGGUGGCCACAACGGCGGGAAAACCGAAACCACCAAAGCCGGAGGGCAAAAGGCUGCGCAGGAAGUUGACCGAAUGCGAGCAGGAGAAGCAGUCCCUGGCCCAGUCCAUACAGGAGAAGAAUCAAGAGAUUUUCGACUUGAAGAAAUCCGUAGAUUCCCUCAACGACGUCCUCAACUCGGUGCCCAUAGAUGAACUGCGCUCCAAUUCCUCCAUAGCCAGCACCAAGAUCCUGGAGUUGAGCAAGAAGAAUCGGCAGAUGCGCGCCGAAUUGGAGCAGGCCAAGAAUCGGCUGUCCAAAAAGGAAGCCCACAUUGAGAAGCUGGAAAGGGAUCUGCGCGCCCACGAGGAGAAGAAUCAGCAUAACCAGGAGAUGCUCAAGAAGGGCUGCUCCGCCGAAGAUCUCCAGGCGAGGAUCAACAGUAUGCAGCAGAAGCUGUUCGAAACCAGGAACAAGAACACCGAGUUGCAGACCCAACUGAAGUUGGCGCAGAAGUGCCUGCAGCACGAGAUCGGCGAGAGCGUCAACAUCAACAUCCUGGCCAAUAAUCUCAACCAGGCCAACUGGCGUGGUCGUGCCCAGCAGAUCAUCACGCUCACCCAAAAGGUGCAGGAGCUCAAGGCUCGCCUAGAUUCGUACGAGGACAGGGCUGCAGAUCGCGUGGAGUAUGCUCCCGUUCCCCUGGGUUCCAAUCUGGAUUUGGUCGCGGGAAACUGCCGAUCCCAUCAUGAGAGAUUGGGCGGAGGCGACAGCGGAGCCAGCUUUGAUCGCUUCACGCCGAAUGUGCGGAAGAGUGAGAUUCUCCACCGGGCCAAGGUGGAGUCUCUGGAGAAGGAGAUCCUCAGCCUGCAGGCCCAACUGGAGGAGCAGCGCGGCAAGACGCUCGCCCUGAAGGUGAGAAACAAGACCCUAAACGAGGACAUGAACAAGUACAAGAUGCGCUCCAACGAGCUGGAGGAGCAGACCGACUUCAAUGGCGUCAAUAUCAAUACCAUGAAUGACAAGCUGAACCGCCAGAGGAUUCAGUACGAGAGCCGCUUGGACGACAUGCGCGGCGAACUCAUCCGGGUGACCGAGGAGCGGGAUCUCUCGCGGCGCCAAAUGGAGGAGCUGAGUGGCAUGCACCUGGAGCUGCAGUCGGUGGUCAAGCAGAAGGAUGUGGCCAUCGCCAGUCUGCAGGAGAUGAACAAGAAACUGCAGAUGGACCUGCGCGCCCUCUCCGGAGGAUUCCUCUUCUCCUGUCGCGAGUUUCGAAAGGAGGAAUUUGUGGGCAUCCUGGAUGCCCUCGAGGUGGAGAAGAAUCAGCUCAUGCUGCUGACCAAAACCCUGGAAGAACGUCUGGAGGCGGAGCGAGCCAAGAACGAGGCCGCCCACGAGCAGAUCGGCAAGUUGAAGGCCCGCAUCAGCCGGUUGGAGGUGAAGAUCAGGGACCUGGAGAAGGAGCUCGAUGUGCAGUCCGACAAGAAGAAGCGCACCCAGCGAAUGGCCGACUACGCCAGCUCGCUGAGUCGCACUUCUCUUAACGGAUCGAUUGGUUCCUUCUGCUUCGAGAACCAGUCCCAGUUCCAGUCCACCACAACUCUGAAUUCGGCUGGACAGCCUGAGCUUAGAAUAGAGGAUCUCAAGAAUCAACUGGAGUUGGCUAAGGAGAAGAUCACCAUGCUGACAGAGAAGCUGGAAUAUAUUACCGAGGAGAAGCACGCCGAUGCCAAGUUCUUCGAGGAGACCAUGAACAACUCCAAGACCAUAAUCCUGGACAUCAUAAAUGGUGCUCGCGAAGGCGGCACACUUGUCAGCAAAAACACUGAGCCAACCACCAGCGAGAUCUCCAUUCACUAAGAUUGGGGAAAUAUAAUUUGUAUUUUGAUUAAUUUUUAUGUUCUUUCCAAUGCGAUCAACUCGACAAAGGUUCGUGCCAGCAACCAUUAUUAAAAUCGAAACCAUUUUAAUGGCAUUACUUAGAAGAGCUCACACAAAUUGUAGAAA